CUCCCGCACCGGUUCUCGUUCGGAUCGGCAUUUCUCUCGUCGCCGGUGAAAAUGCUUCGUAGUGGCCACAAAUUGGGACUGACCCGCCUGAUCCGGAACCUAUCAUCGAAAAGUGCCCCCAAAGAAGAAAUCAAAUUCACCAGCACGAUUAAUUUACCGAAAACCAAGUUCCCCACGCGAUUGAGUGCCGACAAGCGCUCGGCGGUGCAGGACCGAUUACGAAAGACUUGUUUCAGUGAAUUGUACGCCUGGCAGCGGGAGAAUUUGCCGGAGGGGAAGGAGUUUGUGCUACACGAUGGUCCCCCGUAUGCCAACGGAGAUCUGCACAUGGGGCACGCCGUCAACAAGAUACUGAAGGAUUUAAUUCUGAAGCACAAGAUUGUGGCGGGGACUAAGGUGCACUAUGUUCCCGGAUGGGACUGUCAUGGGUUGCCCAUAGAGCUGAAGGCGUUGGAGGCGUACGGUAGGAAGAAAAACGGUAAAGGUGAGCGACUGGAUCCGUUGAAGGUCCGGGAACUGGCAAGGAAGUUUGCACUGGAAACGAUCGAGAAGCAAAAGGAAGAGUUUGAGCAAUGGGGCGUGACGGCUGAUUGGAGCAGAAGAGAGUCCUGGUAUAGGACUCUGGAUGUGGGUUACAUCUCGGCGCAGUUGAGAUUGUUUCGGGAGUUGUUUGAAAAGGGAUUGAUCUAUCGGGAUGUUAAACCGGUGUAUUGGUCUCCCUCGUCGCGAUCCGCGCUGGCCGAGGCUGAGCUGGAGUAUGAUGAAGCCCACAGGAGUCCUUCGUUGUAUUUGAAAAUGAGAAUCAGCAGAGGAGAAGGUUGUCCUGAGAUAAAGGCCAAGUUGGACUCCGGUGUGCAGAUUUCGGCGGUUAUUUGGACUACAACUCCUUGGACCUUGCCAGCUAAUCAGGCAAUUUGCUUCAAUCCAAAUUUAGACUACAGUUUAGUUCGAUCCGAGGGUAGCGAAGAAUUGCUGCUAGUUGGUUCUGAUUUGAUUCCAUACCUUUCGGAACAACUUCAAACUAUACUGGAAAAAGUUGCAAGCGUGGGGGGCUCUCAGCUGGAGUCAGUGCGGUAUCGACAUCCUAUAAUUGGAGAAGAGCUGCCGUUCCUACCUGGUGAUCACGUGAAAGCAGAGAAAGGAACGGGUUUGGUUCAUACAGCACCAGCGCACGGUCCGGAUGAUUUCCUAGUUUUCCUCGAACACAAAAUUCCCAUCAAGUCGCUGAUCGACGAAGCCGGUUGCUACAACCAUCAGGCUCCGGACUUUCUUCGCAGUAAAUUCGCUCUGACGGAUGGAAAUCGGCUGAUUUUGGAUCGCCUCCAGGACGACACGGUGACCUGUGGCAACAUAGAACAUUCCUAUCCCAUCGAUUGGCGAACGAAGAAACCGGUCAUGCUUCGAGCCAGCGAUCAGUGGUUCAUCAACACGGAUCGGCUGAAGGAAUCUGCCCUGAAGGCGGUCGAGCAGGUCGAUAUCUUUCCGCACACUUCGGCCGAUGUUAGCAAGAAGGUGCUUCGAGGACAACUUCAGAAACGUCCCUACUGGUGCAUCUCGAGACAGCGUGCUUGGGGAGUCCCGAUUCCCGUGGUGUACGAAAAGCGUUCCAAGAAGCCGAUCGUUCACCCAGCGAUAGUGGAGAACCUCUGUGCCAUGCUGGAGAAGACGGGUAGCAUCGAUUUCUGGUGGAAGUCCGAUGUGGCAGAACUCGUUCCUCCGCAGGUACUGUCUGAGUUGAACCUCAAACCGGAGGAUCUAGAGAAAGGAAGCGACAUCCUGGACAUUUGGUUCGAUUCAGGAAUCUCGUGGCUUAGCGUCUUGGGAAGGGAUCGCAGGGCCGAUCUCUAUCUGGAAGGGCUGGAUCAAUUCACCGGAUGGUUCCAGUCUUCGCUGCUGACGAGUGUGGCCGCCAGGGAUGAGAGUCCCUAUCGUGCGGUGUUCGUCCAUGGUUUCGCAGUAGAUGAAAAGGGAAUGAAAAUGUCCAAGUCGCUGGGGAACAUCAUCUCUCCGAAGGACAUCGUCAAACAGUACGGAUGCGAUACCCUACGCUGGUGGGUGGCCGCGCAUGCCAUUCAAAAUACGUCCAUUCCCGUUAGCCACAAGCUGUUGGGAUCAUCGGCUGAGAGCUUGCAGAAAAUUCGCGGGAUCAUGAAGUACCUGCUCGGAGUGACGGCCGACCGGGAAGAGCGAAAGAUUAACCCGUCCGACCUGGCACUCGUUGAUCAGUACUUCCUGCACCAAUUGCAGCAAUUUCAUGACGCGGUUUUCAGUCUCUUCGAGUCCUAUCAGUACAACAAGGCGUCGGCCAACAUCCUGACCUUUUGCGUAUCAACGCUGUCCGGUUUCUAUCUGCACCUUAUCAAGGAUCGUCUCUACUGUGGCUCCGAUGAACAGUACCGCAAUCUUCAAGCCAUCAUUAACCAAACACUGGUGGUGCUCUGUAAAGUCCUUUGGCCCAUCGCACCUUUCCUGGUGGAGGAAAGUUGGUCAUACCAUGCUUCCGAACCAUUCUUCAAAUCCUGCCGAGGGCGGACGCACUUUCCCCAGCUAGAAGACAACGCAUCAUCGGCGGCCAUCAUCGAACAAGCCCUCGAUCUCAAGCGGCAGGUGUUUCAGCAACAGCAGCUUGACGUGAACACGUGGCUCCUGGCGGUGGAAGCCACGGUCCCGAAGGAAAACCUUUCGUUGCUACGAAAGCUUCACCCGACCACCUUAGACCAAUCGGAGGCGAAUUCUGAGCUUUGCGAAAUUCUUCAGGUCGGAUCAUUGACCCUUCGGGAAGGACCGGUGGAUUCCGAGCACCAACAUCGGCUAGUGAAGGUUAGCAAAUUGGAACGACAACUGUGCGCCCGGUGUCGACGGUUCACGGUGCAGCCGGGUAGGGCGGGGUCGCUUCUCUGUGAUCGUUGCGAGACGGUGCUAAAAGCAAAGACUGCGUGAAUGUUGCUGUUGUUUGAUGUUCAGGUAAGUGUUGGUUGUUAUAGUUAAUAGUAAUACA